GCAUAUCUAUCGCGUCGCGGCAGACAGCAGUCUUUUGAUUUGAGUUCAAAUUUCCUUCAUUCUCAUCUGCAUUUUAGCGACAUGGCAACACAGGAGUGAUUUCUUUUAUUUGGUCGGAUGGCGUUUUUAUUGGUUUUCACGGGGCAAUAUUGCUUGCUUCUCAUGUUAUCUAUUAGACUACGGUGCAACAGUAGAGGAUCUGGACAUGGAUGUGCGAUAUUUACGUUACUAUGGGGUGGAAAUUGCUUUGUUUUCACGUUUUCUAUCUCGACUCGACUCGUCUUUUUCUUUUGCUUUGGGUGUAUGUAUUGUACGAAUACUUUAGGACGAUCUACAUAUCAUAUCAAACGAACGGGUCAACACUGCCCCGCGGCGGCCGUGAAGCCGGGCAAGUCGGAGGAGAGACACUCCGACUCGCUAGGUAUAGAAGCAUUUGAACCCGAACCGGACCCUAACCCAGCCAGCCACAGCCCAACCCAACCAAAAUCUAUGUAAAGCAGAGAAGUAGAAAUCCAAACCUGACAUCAUCUCA